UUUACCCUUCUUGGUGGCACAAAAAAGAAUAUACAAGUAAGUAGUCUUGUUCAGUUCUUAACAUUCAAAAGACAAAGCUGCUGCAGUUUAACACAAAAGAACUAUAGUCCUUUACAAUGCAUCUUCCUUGUACGAGCCUUAUGCUGUUUCAAGUACUUGCUCUACAUACUCUUGUGCUCUGCUGUCAGGCAUCCACUUUCACUGAUCAGACGGACAAACAAGCGCUGCUCGAGUUUCAGUCUAACCUAUCACCGAACAGCCGAGUUCUCUUGGCUUCAUGGAACGAAUCUUUUGAUCUCUGCAACUGGACUGGAGUUACAUGUGCCCGGAAACACAAGAGAGUCACCUCUUUAAACCUCAGCGGGAUGAGACUAACAGGUGUUAUCUCUCCCUCUAUCGGUAACCUCUCUUUCCUCACAACUCUCAGUCUCGCACUCAACGCUUUCCACGGUAGCAUCCCUCCUGAGGUGGGGAAGCUGUUCAGGCUCCGACACUUGAACCUUAGCAACAACGUCCUCGGAGGUGGGAUCCCACGUGGCUUGUCCAACUGCUCUUCACUCUUGACCAAUGAUCUGUCCUCCAACAAUCUCGAACACGACAUCCCUCCCGAGCUAGCCUCGCUUUCUUCUCUCGUCUUUCUGUCUGUCCGUGGAAACGCCCUCACGGGGACGUUCCCCGCCUCUUUUGGGAACCUAACAUCGCUCGAGAGGCUCGAUCUCUCGUUCAACCGUAUGGAAGGAGAGAUACCUGACAGCAUGUCCCGGCUCACGAGGUUAACGUUUCUCCGACUUGCUCUGAACAAGUUUUCAGGAGUCUUCCCUCCUGCUAUUUACAACCUAUCCUCGCUUCUGUUUCUGUCCAUCCCCUCAAACUCCUUCUCUGGUCAACUCAGGCCUGACGUUGACUUGCUUUUCCCAAACAUACAAGUGCUGUUCUUGGGAGGAAACCGUUUCGAAGGCCAGAUUCCAUCUUCGCUAGCCAAUAUUACAUCACUCCGGGAGUUAGAUAUUGCUUCAUGCAAAAUGACAGGAAGCAUACCUUUGAGUUUUGGGAGAUUACACAACCUAGAAAUACUUGGGCUUAAUUAUAACUCCUUGGGAAGUUACUCCCCCAGAGAUCUUGAUUUUCUUGGAAGUUUGACUAACUGCACUCAGCUACAGUAUCUUGGUCUUGGCCACAACAGACUUGGGGGCACAUUGCCUCAUGCUAUCUCCAACCUCUCUAGCCAACUGACGUAUCUCUUCCUUGGAAGAAACUUAAUCUCUGGGACCAUUCCUCUUGACAUUGGAAACCUUGUAAACCUCCAAACAUUCAAGGUCGAGGAAAACCUCUUGACGGGUGAGCUUCCAACCUCCCUUGGGAUGCUUACUAGGUUAGAAAAGCUCAUGUUACAGUCUAAUAUGAUGUCAGGGGAGAUACCGUCUUCCUUGGGGAACCUAAGCAUGAUAGCUGAGCUCUAUCUGUAUAACAAUACUUUCGAAGGAACCAUCCCGUCAAGCCUUGGUAACUGCGGUUACCUUCUUAAACUUGGACUUGAUUUCAACACGCUGCAUGGCUCCAUACCUCAGGAACUCAUGGAAGCUAGAUCUCUGCUUGUUUUAAAUGUUUCUUAUAAUGAUCUGACUGGAAACUUCCCAAGCGAGGUGGGGGAGUUGGAGAAUCUCAUCCAGCUAGACGCUUCGCACAACCGGUUAUCAGGACGUAUACCGCAAACCCUGGGGAGCUGUCUCUCCUUGGAAGAGAUUACUUUAAAUAGAAACUUAUUUGAAGGAAGCAUCAUAGAUAUCAGAGGGUUGAGGGACCUCGAAUUCUUGGAUUUAUCCAAUAAUAAUCUCUCCGGCUCUAUACCUGGAUAUCUAGUAAACCUCUCAUCUCUUCAAUAUGUAAACCUCUCUGUGAAUAGCCUUGAAGGGCCAGUACCAACUGAAGGAGCAUUUGGAAACUUCAGCCAAGUUUUUAUAUUUGGGAACAUGAAUCUUUGUGGGGGCAUCUCUGAGCUACAGCUAAAGCCAUGCCCUGUGCAAGGAGAGGUUAAAAGAGAGAGGUCUUCAAUGAAAAAGAAAAUAGCAAUUGGCAUUGGUGCAAGUGUUGUUACUUUGUUUGUAAUGGGUAUCAUCAUCUCUCUGUGUUGGUUCAAGAAACGUAACAAAAACGACAGAGUUAGCAAUAUGUAUAGCUCCACAACUGUGCCUGUACAUGAAAGGGUAAGUUACGAGGAGCUUCACAAUGCAACCGGUGGGUUUUCUGGAGAAAACACCAUUGGGUCAGGGAACUUUGGUGUUGUGUAUAAAGCACUGCUCGGUCCUGAGAACAGAGCUGUUGCCAUCAAAGUGUUGAAUCUCAGUAAGCCCGGAGCUGCCAAGAGUUUCAGCGCAGAGUGUGAAGCCUUGAAGGGUGUAAGGCAUCGCAACCUUGUGAAGCUCGUAACAGCUUGCUCCAGCAUCGAUUACAAAGGUAAUGAGUUCAGAGCCUUGGUGUAUGAUUUCAUGCCGAAUGGAAGCUUGGAUACGUGGCUGCACCGAGAAGGGACGGGCGAUACAACGGCCUCGACCUCAAGGGCUUUGACCCUUCGUGAAAGGUUUAGCAUAGCGAUAGACGUGGCUUCUGCUUUGGAGUAUCUUCAUGUUAAUUGUCAUGACCUUAUAGCUCAUUGCGAUCUUAAGCCAAGCAAUGUACUUCUGGAUGAUGAUCUUACAGCACAUGUUAGUGACUUUGGUCUAGCUCGGCUGCUCCUCAAAUUCGACCAAGAGGCCUUCCUCAAUCAACUCAGUUCGGCCGGUGUCAGAGGAACCGUUGGCUAUGCCGCACCAGAAUAUGGAAUGGGAGGACAACCAUCAAUACAUGGUGACGUGUAUAGUUUUGGAAUCCUCCUUUUGGAAAUGUUUACCGGGAAACGACCAACGGAUGAGUUAUUUGAGGGAAAUUUUACACUAUACAGCUAUAUCAAGUCAGCAUUGCCUGAGAGAGUAUUGGAAACUGUAGACAAAUUGAUUCUUCAGAGAGGUCUGAUGAGAGUUGGUUUCCCUGUUGCUGAGUGCUUGACAAUGGUCUUGGAGUUGGGACUUAGGUGCUGUGAGGAACUUCCUAGGAAUCGGUUGGCCAUGACUGAAGUUGUAAAAGAGUUAUUCACAAUGAGAGAGAGGUUCUUUAAAACCAGAAGAAUAGCCAGACGUUGAAGUGGUUUGGGUUUCUCCUACAAUCUUUGCAAUCCUCAAAGGUGAUCAUAAGGCCUAUGAAAUAAUGUCAACUAUAAGCAUAUACAUAUAUAUGCUCCAAGACUUCAUAUUUUGUUAUAAGCAUGGAGUUUACCAGGUUUUUUAAAUUUAGACUUUGCCUAUAAACUCCAUGCUUUUGCUUUUGUCUUAUAGAGUUUCUUGUAGAGCGUUCAACAUCUCUGUUGUUGUCCACUCAUUGUA